ACUGUAAAUAAAAUGAAAUAAAACACAUAAAAAGAAACAUAAAUUGAAUUCGUAUGCGAAAGGACAGAUCAUAGCAACCGUAGGGAUUUACUUUCAAAAUUAGAGCGACUUUGAUUAUCAAUUUUCAAUCCGAAUCUCAAGCUCAAUUUCAAUCCGAAUCUCAAGCUGUGACAGCGACUGUAGAAAAUGGAAAAAAUAAUGUUUACACGCCGCGCACCGUUCAAUGCAAUUCAAGGCUCAAAUGCAGAGGAAAAGCGUCCUCUGCUUUCAUGCUUUACUGUGGGAUCCACUGUCCGCUGCACGAUUUGCUUCGACGAGGAAAUAUUGGGCGAGGUUGUGGCCUUUGAUGCUGGCACCAAAAUGCUAUUGAUAAAAGUACCCAACAAGCGGGGGCUCUCCGACAUAAACAUCGUGAAUCUAAACUUUUGCUUGGAUGUGGAGAUCGUUAAGGAGGUCGAGCUGUCGCAUAGUAUUAUAACACCUGCGCCACCCGACUUACCGAAGCUGGAGAAGCGUCUGCAUAACAGCAUCGAGCAGAGGGCCAAGCACCUUCUAAACUUCAAACCGAAAGUUUCGCCAAUGGGUCAGGCGCUGUUUCGCCAAAUUGCCUUUUAUUUGGGUGACUCUCAGGUGUAUUGGCUUGAAAAGGAGAAUAUAAUCUCCAUAUUGGUGAUGGAGCAGGUGAUCAUUGAACCACCCUAUGGGGUGGCCAAUGUCAAUGGCCCGCAGGAGGCUACCAAACUUAAGCACUAUGUCCAGUGGAUUGUGCAGAAGUUUCUGAACAAGCAACAUUAAACAGACAUUCCCAUAGAAACAAAAG